UGCGUGCGGCCUCUUGCCGCCUCCCUAGCCCGGGGCUUAGGGGCCUACUUACCCGAAACCCCGGAGCCAUGCCGGGUCCGCAGGCCGGGAGCAAAGCUCGGGUAUAUGCCGAUGUCAACAGCCUGAGAAGCCGCGAGUACUGGGACUACGAAGCGCAUGUUCCCAAUUGGGGAAACCAAGAGGAUUAUCAACUGGUUAGAAAGCUUGGCCGUGGCAAAUACAGUGAAGUGUUUGAAGCUAUAAAUAUCACCAACAAUGAGAGGGUCGUGGUUAAGAUUCUCAAGCCUGUGAAGAAGAAAAAAAUAAAGCGAGAGGUGAAGAUUCUAGAGAAUUUGCGUGGUGGUACCAACAUCAUCCGACUCUUGGACACCAUCAAGGACCCAGUGCUCUACAGGCUCUGACACCUCUUCAGCUGAAUUAAGCUGCCAGAUUGGCCCCUUCAGACUGAGUCAGCAUCUUAUUUGCCCUUGUAUGGGGCCAUCCAACAUGCCUGACUGAGGGUCAUAUUAUCAGAUGAGCACCAAAUAUUGCUCACCUCAAGGUGGGCAUAUAAGGGAAAGAAUUACUUGUUUGAGCUUUACUCUUGAUUCUCUUAAAUGGCACCAUAGUUUAAAUUAUAUUGCCCUGUAGAUUAAGCCGGCAGGGUAGUGUGCUAUGUAAAGGCUUGGCGAGAUUGCCAAGCUAAAUUCUAACAGGCAUCUAUGGUCCUGUGUAGAGCAUGUAUAGCUUGCAACAGAUACAUUACAUUGGCACCCUUCACUUUAACCCACCCCCCACUCUUACUGGCUAUGAAAAGAAAGCUUAUAAAGUUAGGAAAAGAGUCUGUAAAUAUAUAUUUUGGUGGGCUGCCAAGCAGGAAUAAAAUAGUGGACCUAUGCCCACCCUGUACAGCGCAUGAUAUUUCUUACACCAUAACACGUAUGGACAGGAAGAGGGAGGGUAAGGAUAUAUUGAGACAUGCCUAGUCGUACAUGAUGUUGGGAGUCUCAGUGGAACAGAAGACACUAGAACAUACAUGGUGUUAUGCCUGCUUUUAGUGCAGUAUGCAUGUGUAAUUAACAGUAAUGGUAUCGUGCAUGCAAAGAAAAAACUUAUAACUAAUUAGUUAAUUUGCUUGUUAGUAUUUUAUUUGCUAGAAUGUGUUGAUUGCAGUGUAUGCUUUUCAACAUUUUGAAAUAAUGUUAAAAAUGUAUGUAAUGCUGCAUACAUAAGUACGUACGUACGUACGUACGUUCGUACAUACAUACAUACAUACAUAGAUACAUACAUAUUACAUUGAGCAGCUAGCUUGCUCAGUUGGGCACAGUUUCCGUUUUUCAUAAAACUAACACAGUAACAAAGAAAAUACUAAGGGGAGUAUUCACAAACAUUUUUUGCAGCAUGUUAAAGAAAUUAUAUUGUUAGAUUUGAAGAUGUUUACCUUUUGUGAAAACAACAUUUAAUUUGUUUGUAAACCUGUUUUACGUCAGAAUAAGCUGAUUUUUAUGGCGAAUAAAUAUAAAAAAACA